AUGGCGGCAAAAUUCUGGUUCUUAUCGAUUGCAGUACUGGUUGCCAAUCUUCAUCUCUCGAUCCAACAUGAUCCUAUCAAGGACUUCUGCCGAAGGUUUGGACACCAGACAGCAGUGGUAGAUCGAAAACUCUACAUUGAUGGAGGACUAGUCAACUGGAAACCACUAGAGACCGAUCCAAAGAAUUACACAAAUACUUGGCUCAUAUGGCACGACCUUGAUCACAAUAGCAAGGAUAAUAUGCCGCAGAUUCAUGCAAACCUCAGCAAGAAUGUCUCAAUUCCUUCAGUACAUGGCGGUGCUCUUUGGGCAGAUGAUGUUAACUACCGAUUAUUCCUCUUCGGUGGCGAGUUCUUUAGCGGCAGUCCGACAACCUCAAACUUCAUGUCCUAUGACAUCUGGUACGAUCAAUGGGAUGAUUUCGGGCCUCCCUCCGACGAUAUCAAGCGCGUCAGCUAUGGGGCUUCUACAACUGUAAAGGAGCGAGGAGAGGGAUAUUACUAUGGUGGUUACCUAUCACGAGCUUCGGUGGCUGACUGGAGCGGCGAACGACGGGCGACAUCAGAUCUCAUACGGUAUCAGAUGGACAGCAACACGUGGGCGAAGUUAUCGGGACCAGACGAUAUAAGACGUGCUGAAGGAGUCAUGACAUUUAUCCCUGCUAGCGACCGAGGAAUGCUGGUCUACUUUGGUGGCUUUCAGGAUCCUGGCGAUAAUGGCACAAUGGUCUCACAGCCGUUGGACGAGAUAUUCCUCUACGAUAUGAUAUCGAACAAGUGGCAUGUUCAGAAAGCGAAUGGUACAAUUCCUGAGAGUCGGGGAAGAUUCUGUGCCGGGGCUGUAUGGGCGGAGGAUCACAGCAGCUACAACAUCCUAUCAUGCGAUAUUGUCAACCAAGGCUCGCAAAUGCUUACUAUCGGUGGAGUAUUCCCCAAAGACGAAACGUGUGAUGUUGAAGAAGUCUGGGGCGUCCAUAAUAUCGACUUAGGCAACCAGAUCAAAACGAACUUCAAGAAGGUCUGGGCAGGCUAUGAGCCGAGUCUCUUCGGGUACAAGGUCCCUAGCUUUGUGUCUAGUGUUAUUGGGGGGGCGGAAGAAGGAGGUGCGACUAAGCUUAAGCCUGACUAUGGUUUUGUUAAUCAUGAUCUUGGCACGUUGCUCAGUAUGAAAGCCGUUUUUACCAAGCGUACAAAGCUUGAUGAUGGACGUAUUGAUCCUAUGGCUGCUGCAUCAGAAGGAGGAUCAAACUCGAAAUCACAACUGUCAACGGGGGCAAUUAUUGGUAUCGCUGUUGGUGCUGGAGUUGUUGUGCUGGCCGUUCUUAUUGGUCUGUGGCUAAUACGUCGGAAGCGAAAGGCACAGCACGAUAUCCAGUCAGCCCCUAUGACAGAAUCGUCUUACUCUGUUCCAUAUAUGCCGCAGACUUCGAGCCCGCUAUACUUUCCUCAGUCUCCCGGAAGAUGGCGCCGCGGAAGCCCCGGAGUUGAAGACUACGAGGGGGAAGACCCAGGUCGGGUUCACUACUGGAGACCGUUUCAGGUCAACGUGGAGCCGUGUGAGAUGGAUGGGCAAGGGACCAGAUUGCCCGAGACUCACUCCGAAAUCGAGUACAUUAGGGGUCGCGGAAUAUCUCACUGA